AUGGCAACUCCAUUGCCCGUAUCGGAGGAUGUGGAGAAAGGCAUAGAGAAAGAUGGAAUGGCGGUUGAUGCAUCCAGUGACGAGCCGAAGCACUCAGCGCAUGCACAUUCAUCAAAAGAAACAACAGAGCCUUUUGGAAGAAUGGGGCUGUACUUGAGCCAAUUCGAGCGGCAAUUGAUCAAGUACAACCUUGAAGCACGAGGGGUCCAGCGAGUCGAGCCCCACGAAACUCAUGCGCAGACAUGGAAGGACUACAUCCAAGCCUUCCUUAUGUGGGUUUCCGUCAACCUGGCCGCCGUCAACAUUACCCUUGGAAUGCUCGCGCCAGCAGUCUAUUAUCUCAGCUUCAAAGACGCCGCAUUGUGUGCUGUAUUUGGGUCUUUGCUGGGCAGCCUCGUUGUUGCCUACAUUGCAACUUGGGGUGCAGUAUCGGGGAACCGAACUAUGAUCUUCACCAGAUAUACUUUUGGAUGGUGGCCGAGCAAAUUGAUCGUGCUGCUCAAUCUGAUCGUACUACUGGGAUACUCUAUGAUUGAUCUAGUCGUGGCUGGCCAAAUCCUCUCCGCUGUAUCGUCUAAUGGACACAUGUCUGUCGUCGUCGGAAUCAUCGUUGUCGCAGUCAUCGGCUGGGUCAUCACCACCUUUGGCAUCUCGAUAUACCAUAUGUACAUGCGGUACGCAUGGCUUCCGCAGCUCAUCGCAAUCAGCAUUCUUUACGGUGUUUCUGCGUCUCAAUUUGAUCUGGCCACGCCGACUGCAGGAGAUCCUCGGACCAGGAUUGGUAACAGGCUGUCAUUCUUCUCCCUUUGCUUCAGCGCAGCAAUUACCUACGCCGGUGGUGCAGCGGAUUUCUUCGUCUAUUACCCACCAUCUACGCCGCGCCUGCCCCUAUUCUUUGUCUCUUUGCUUGGUCUGGUUUCCUCUUUCAGCUUCGCGCUCAUUGUUGGUAUCGGUCUUGCGUCCGGCGUGACCAGUAACGCCGCUUACUCUGCGGCGUAUUCAAGUGGCCAAGGAAAUCUCCUAGUCGAAGGUUUCUCCUCACUGCACGGCUUUGGCAAAUUUCUUGGCGUAGUCGUCGCCCUUGGAUUGAUUGCAAAUGCGAUAUAUCCAACAUACUCCAGUGGCAUUGACUUCCAGAUCUUGGGCAGAACAGCUCAAAAGGUACCACGCUUCGUCUGGAAUACUUUCGGUGUGAUCAUCUACACUGUAUGUGCGCUUGCCGGUCGCGAUCAUCUAAGCGAAAUCUUUACGAACUUUCUGGCGCUGAUGGGAUAUUGGCUCGCCAUCUGGAUUGCCAUUAUUUUAGAAGAGCAGAUCAUCUUUCGAAGGAGGACUGGGUACGAUUGGACAGUUUGGAAUCAACAAAACAAGCUGCCGGUUGGGAUUGCGGCACUGAUCGCAUUCCUUGUUGGCUGGGCAGGUGCGAUUCUUUGUAUGGCUCAGGUUUGGUAUAUUGGACCUAUAGCGAAGCAAGUAGGAGAGUAUGGGGCUGAUAUGGGCAACUACGUCGGGUUUUCAUGGGCUGCGCUCGUGUAUCCGCCUCUCCGAUGGCUUGAGCUGAGAAAGCUGGGCAGGUAA